ACAUGAACGCAGCACCAUGUCAAGCGCUGUUGCCAUGGAAACGUGACUCUGUGGCUGGAUCCAAGGAAAAAAGCCACCAAGGCUCAACAAAUUAUAAGUCCACACAAUGGAGACUCCUGACAAUAAUGCAGAAACAAGCUUGAAUAUAAAAAUAACUGUCAUCCGUGGAAAUAACCUGCAAGGCAAAAAAGUAGACAGCUUCCAGAGUUUUCUGCAGGUUGAAGUGGAUGGAAAUGUGCUGGAAGAGUCAGAUAAGAAGCAGGUUGACCCAGUGGAGCAGCGUGUUGACUAUGACUUUGCCUGCAUCUUCCACUGCCCCAAUAACACUCAGGCUCUCAGUGACAUCGCCAAUAAACCCAUCAUAUUGACGGUGAGAGAGUUCCUGCCUGAGGAGAAGAAAGUUGAGGCAAAGACACCAGUGCUGGGCCAAGCUGUGGUUGACCUACUGCCGCUGCUACAAGGUCAGUGCAGCUUCUCAUCAACAGUCCCACUGAACCCUGUGACCUCCCUGGAAUCCAGCUCCAAGUCACAGAACAGCCUGAAUGUGGAGACAGCAGUUAGAGCCAGACAGAAGCAGGUGGCCAGCCAAGUCAUUUUAAAGUUGCAGAGCAAGCCGCCUACCCUGGAUGUGUGUGUUAGUGUGUCGAAUCCAGUGCUGUCUGAGGCUGAACUCUCAGCCUCCAACCUGCUGAGGGUAACCGUGGAGACAGCCUACUCCAUCCCUGAGUCAUGGAUGCUGCAGUCUGGCCCUGCCCCCACUCCCUGCAUGUUCACUGCUGCCCUGGAAGUCCCGCUUGAUGCACAAAAAGAUCAGGUGCUGCUAUUCUGUGAGGGGCAGUUGAAGGCAGGGGGGCAGAGGGAGGAAGUCGGCCGACAGAAGAAGAGGCCCCAUCAGGCCUUGCUGGUCCCAGGGAACAUUUUCCUGCCUGCUGCCUUUUUCAAGGCAGAGUCCAUGGAACAGGAGGACGGUGAGCUGAUUGGCUUGGAGGACUGGGAGUUUCGUAAUGAGGCAGAGACCAUAAAGAACAGGGUGAGCUGGGACACAGAGACGUGCUGCUUCCUGGAUGUAGGAGGAACUGCCAGGCUGCGGCAGAAGAUCGCUGAGAGCAGGCUGUGGCCGGUUGAGAUAAUGAGGCCGUUGGCUCCGCUGACAAAGGCAGCAGAAAUCAAGAUGCAAUCUGAGGAGAACCCCGAGAUCCCCUUCCACGGUGUGGCAUUUGUGGACAUGGGGCGGCUGCUGUAUCCUGGAGUCAGCCGCAUCCGAGGAGCAUACAGCAUUCAGCCCUUCUCCGAGGCUGAGUUGCUGAAAAAGGCCAAGCGGAGUGUCAGUGUGUUAAAAGAGCUGGCCAAAGCUGCAGCCAACCAGGCCAAAGCUGCUGCUGCUGCCUUAGCUGGAGCCUCUAAUAAGGCAAAGGCAGGGAAGAACUUGGAUGGAAGGGGAUCAAAGGAUUCCAAGGAGCCAGCUAAAAAGCAACCUGGUAGUCAGAGCAGAAUGGCCCUUGUUGACAUUGUCGCCGACAGCGUGUCCGAAACUGAGCUGCACGACAAUACCGAGGGAAAUAUGUAUGUGGAGGCCAAAACUUAUAUUAUCAUUGAGAUAGCCUUGGAGAAACCGCUGGUACCCAAAACAUCUCCAGAGGAGCUGUCAAGAAGGGGGAAGGGUUUGACCCCCCCCGACCUUUACUUUCCCCAGGUCCCAAACAGAGCAAAGAGUAACAUGAACAGUUUACAGUUGCACACACACCACCAAACACACCACUGUAUUGUUGUUUACUUGUUGCUUUCUCUGCACGGGUGUGUGCUCCUGCAGGCAGUGCUGGACUUCCACAGGCAGGUUGACAACGUGGUGAGCCAUGUUUCGGACCAGUAUGAGGAAUUGUUUGGAUCAAGAUGCAAGCCAUCUGGAGACUGCAGCCGGGAGCAAAAAAAGGUUCAGCUGAUGGGAGCGCUCAACGUCUCUGCGAGAUACUUUACCUUUAAGGAACAGAUGAAGCAGGCAGUGGUGAGGAUUGUACGUGACAAGAUGCAGCAAACAGAGCCAUUUACUGACCCUCAGGAGCUAAAGACUUUUGUCAGCAAGCUUUAUGUCUACCUGGUGGAUGAAAUGCACAUAGCUCUCAACAAGAUUUAUUCAGAUGGCGUUGAUGAUGACUCCUUUAAUGAGAUCCAGUUGACUUCUUCUCAGCUCAGCCACUUUGCCAGAGAGGCUCAGCUUACUGGGGAUUAUCAACAGGCUGUACAGUACUACCAAGAGCUGGUGGUGAGGUACCCAAUGGAGCCCUCCCACAAGUUUGAGUGGGGAAGCCUUUACAUGCAGACUGGAGACUACAUGAAGGCUAAAGAGUGUUACCAUGACGCUGUGUCCAUCCAACAGGCACAUCAACCCAGCCUGUUGAUGUGUGGGGUCUUGGCAGCGAUGUUUAAGCAUCAUGAGGAGGCCCAGACCUUUUUAGAGAGAGCUGCCAGCAUGGAACCACUCAAUGUGGUGGCCUGGGUGCUGCUGGGUGUGCUCCAUGAGAGCCAGAGCGAAUCCAUCCUGGCUGAGAGGGCUUUCCUGGAGGCCAGAACACAGAUGAGGGCAAAAGAAGCAAAGAAGUCAACACUGAGGGAGGAGGAGGAGGAUAAAGACAGGGAGAAAAACCAGCGAGAGGAAGAGGAGAUGGCCACGCCUGCGUGUGAGUCUGCCACUGUUAAGAAAGACCUAGAGUGUGAAGAGCAGGCCUCAGAGGUGCAAGCAAAGCCUCCUGCACAGAGUGUCAGCUCCAGAUCAGCUCCAGUUGAAGUCUCCAACAUUUACACAGAGACAGUUCAGUUCCUGCUGCAGAACGUUGCCCUAAAGAUGGCGGAGCAUGCUCUGUCCCUGGAGCUGCUGUGGUCUGCUGGUGGUCGCAGUGUCUCCUAUCUUCUUCAUCUGGCGCAGCUGCAGCUGCUCAGAGCUGACUACUGCAGUGCCAGCGCCAGCCUCAAGGAGGCGCUGUUACACAGAGAACAGGAUGUGGAUGCGUGGGCGCUGAAUGGUCACUGUUACUACCUGCAAGGGUUGUUCAGUGAUGCCCAAGAGAGCUAUGAGCGGAGCCUGAGCUUCCUGCAGAUGCCAUCAGACGCUCACCUUGUCCUACUCCGCCUGGGAUCCAUCUAUCUCCAGCAGGGGAAGUUUGAGCAAGCCAAAGUUGUCUACCUGCAGGCUUGCGAGCAGUCUCCGUCCUGCCUGACCUGGCUGGGCCUGGGAAACGCCUGUUACCGGCUGGAGGAACUGUGUGUAGCUGAAGAAGCUUUGACUGAGGCCAAUCAUUUGAACAACCAGAACGCAGAGGUGUGGGCUUACUUGUCUCUGAUCUGCCUCAGGUCUUGUAGACAAGAGGAAGCAGAGCUGUUUUAUAAAUAUGCAAAAAGGUUCAACCUGCAGAAGGAGUCACUCUUCAAAGAGUUCAAUGACCUGAAGGAUCAGCUCCGCUUCACUCAUCUGGAGUCAUGCUUUGGAACAAGCUCAUAAAUCAUUUGACCAAGUACAUUUCAUA